AUGAGUCGCCGACGUGCACACGAUACUGAGGAUGAGAGUUAUGACCACAGACGCAACAAGCGCCGCCGCGUCUCAGAGAACCAGGAGAUUGAGGAUCGUUUGGAGUCCUUGAUAUUGCGCGUGGGCGAGCGCAGCACCUCGUCGGUAGAGUCGAAUCUCGAGGGUCUUGUCUCCGUGCUGGAAGCCGAUCUGGGCACAUUCCGUUUGAAGAUCUUGCGCAUUCUGUCCGAUUGUGCGGUGCGCAUGCCCGAAAAAUGUACCGUCUACACGACCCUAGUGGGUCUGCUCAAUGCCAAGAACUAUAAAUUCGGUGGCGAGUUUGUCGAUUACAUGGUGAAAACGUUUAAGGAGUCGCUGAAACUGUGCCGUUGGGAUGCGGCCCGUUACUCGCUACGCUUUCUGGCCGAUCUGGUCAACUGUCACGUCAUCUCGGCCACAAGUCUGCUGCAGCUGCUGGACACAAUAAUCGAUGUGUCCAACGAGGACACGGUGCCGCAAGUGCGACGCGAUUGGUUUGUGUUUGCGGUGCUCUCCACGUUGCCGUGGGUGGGGCGUGAUCUGUACGAGAAGAAGGAGUCAGCACUGGAGUCGCUGCUGCUGCGCAUUGAGGUGUAUUUAAAUAAGCGCUCGAAGAAGCAUCAUAAUGCGCUGCGUGUCUGGUCAUCGGAUGCGCCACAUCCGCAGGAGGAGUAUCUGGACUGUCUGUGGGCACAGAUACGCAAGCUGCGCCAGGACAACUGGGCCGAGAAGCAUAUACCGCGUCCGUAUCUCGUCUUUGACGCCAUUCUGUGCGAGGCACUGCAGCACAAUCUGCCGCAGAUAACUCCGCCGCCACACCAUGACGCCAUUGAGUAUCCCAUGCCGUGGGUUGUCUACCGCAUGUUCGACUACACCGAUUGCCCUGAUGGACCGAAUCUGCCGGGUGCCCAUUCGAUCGAGCGUUUUCUCAUCGAGGAACAUCUGCAUCACAUUAUUGAGACGCAUCAUCAUGAGCGCAAAGAUUGUGCUGCACAGCUGCUGAACUUUCCGUUCAAGCACAAGAUCCCAUUAGAAUAUUGCAUCGUCGAGGUUAUCUUUGCGGAGCUCUUUCACAUGCCCACGCCUCGCUAUCUGGACAUUUGCUAUGGCUCCAUUCUAAUCGAGCUGUGUAAACUGCAGCCGGGCACAUUGCCCCAGGUGCUCGCCCAGGCAACUGAGAUACUGUUCAUGCGCAUCGAUUCCAUGAACACGUCGUGCUUCGAUCGCUUCGUCAACUGGUUUAGCUAUCAUUUGAGCAACUUUAAGUUCACCUGGUCCUGGGACGAAUGGGACAGCUGUCUGCUGCUCGAUGCCGAACAUCCGCGUCCCAAAUUCAUACAGGAGGUGCUCCAGAAGUGCCUACGACUGUCCUAUCAUCAGCGCAUCACCGAAAUGAUGCCCACAACGUAUGCGAAACUGAUCCCGGUCAUGCCCGUGCCUAACUACAAGUACACAAGCGAGGAGGCUGCCAAUCUGCCCGGCACAACGGUCGCCCUGCAACUGGUCGGCGCCAUACGGCAGAAAUGCACGCCGGAGGAGGUGGUCAACAUAUUGAAGGAGAUACCCAGCAGCGGUUAUAGCGGCGAGGAGAUGUCCGAUGGCAGUUUCAAUGCUUUGAAAAUCGAUGUAUUUGUCCAGACGCUGCUCAAUUUGGGCUCGAAAUCGUUUUCGCACAGUUUUGCGGCCAUAUCGAAAUUUCAUGUGGUAUUCCGUGCAUUGGCCGAAACGGAGGAGGCACAAAUCUGUAUAUUGCACAACAUCUUUGAGCUCUGGUCAUCGCACCAGCAGAUGAUGGUGGUGCUCAUCGAUAAGCUGCUCAAGCUGCAAAUUGUCGACUGCUCGGCGGUGGCCACAUGGAUAUUCUCCAAGGAGAUGACUGGCGAAUUUACCAAAAUGUAUCUCUGGGAGAUAUUGCAUCUGACCAUCAAGAAGAUGAACAAGCACGUCAUUAAACUGGAUACCGAGCUGGACAAUGCCAAGGAAAAGCUGUCCAAGGCGGAUUCAUCGUCCAGCGACACAGAUGAGGAUACGCCGCAUAAGCGCAAGAAGCCCAUUACGCAUGCCGAUAAGCCAUCCGAGGAGGUCGUUGAGCGCAUGGAGGAGAAACUGGAGGCAGCCAAUGUCAAUCAGAAGCGUCUGUUUCUUAUUGUCUUUCAGCGCUUCAUUAUGAUACUAUCCGAGCAUCUGCUGCGCUCGGACACAGAUGGACGCGAUCCGGACACAGACUGGUAUCGCUGGACCAUCGGCCGCCUGCAGCAGGUGUUCCUCAUGCAUCACGAACAGGUGCAGAAAUAUAGCAGCACGCUGGAAACGCUGCUCUUCACAUCCGAUCUGGACUCACACAUACUAGAGGUCUUCCAGCAGUUUGUCGCACUGCGCGCCUAACAGAAUCGAACAACAACAACAACAACAACAACAACAACAAUAACAACAAUAGCUAGCUGCCACAUGAACUGUGUCCAGACGCGACUCUGGACCUGCUCCGGCGGCAUGGAUCAGGCAAAACAGCUGCGCUUCGGGCAGCCAUUUAGUUCUGUUUUAGGAUUUCGUUUUUUUUAAACACAUAUGCAUACAAUUGUAAUUUUAUGAUAAGUGGGCCGCCUACCACAAGUCGCAACACACACACACACACACACUUACACACUUACACAGACACAACACAUACAAGAUCUACAUAAGAUGACAAAUUUUGUAAUUUGUAAUACAACAGCAAAAUGCAUGAAUUAAAGAUAUGCAAAUUCAAAGCUAGACA